AUGUUAACUUUGGAAAACUUCAAUCAAAGAUCUUAUAAAUAACCCAUUUUGAAUAGGUAUAUACCUUAUAUAGUCAAAGUCCACGAUCACUAAAAGCAUGUUAAAGAUGUGGAGUGUUAACUGAACAAUUAAUUAAAAUAAGUAUUAAGGAAUUAAAGCAGAGAAAUCCUGAUUUAAGAUUGAAUAAAUAAGGUUGGAAGAUAUUGUGGAGACAUCAUGAAUAAAGAAGAUAAGAAACAUUAUAAUUAUGUAGAGAGGAAAGAAAAUAAAUUAUAAUCUAAGAUUAAGAGGAACAUUAAAACAAUUUAUAAAAUGAUAAUAAUACUUUUUAAGUUUAAAAUGUAUUUGAUUAAUAAGAAAUUCAAAAAAUUUAAGAAAGAACUAAUAAAGAAAUAUAGUAAAUGUAAUAUUUUCAAAAAUUGUAAUAAGAAAUUAAUGAAAAGAGUUUAAGAAAAUAAUUAAAGAAAUAGUAAAAAGAAUAAUAGAGAUAAGAAUAAUUACAAUUAAAUAAAAUUAAAUAAGAAUAAGAUAAAUUGAGAAGAGAUUAAGAAAAAAAAUUAAAGGAAUAAUAAGAAGAAUAAAAAUAAAAAUAAAUUGCAUUAGAAUAAUAUUAAAAAGAAUAAGAAAGAGCUUAAUAAGAAAUUAAAAGACAUUAAGAAUUAUAAGAAGAGAAUAGAAAGAAAGAAGAACAAAAAAAGUUAAAACAAUAAUAAUUCAGAUAAUAAUUACAAAAUAAGGAAUUAUAACGUGAAAUUGAAUUAUAAUAUAAAAAGGAACUUUUAUAAUUUAAAGAAAAAUAAAGAUAAUAAAAACUAUUUUAGUAAUAAUAGGAAAGAGUAUAUGCAUCUAAAUUAGCAUAAGAAGAAUUAGCUCAAAAAUUGCUUUAAGUAAAAGAAUAAUAAGAAAAUAAAUUGAUUAAAAUGCAAGAGGAAUUUUAAAAUAAAUAAAUUCAAAGUGAACAUUAGAGAAAAUUAUUUGAGUAAUCAUAACAUGAAAAAAUUAUGGAUAUAUAAAAGAAAGUUUAAAUCUAAAAAGAAAAGAUGUUAAAAUAAUCUGAAAAAUGUAAGAUGUAAUAAGAGAUAAAAUAAGAAAUUAAUAUUUCCAAAUAAAAAUAGAAAAAUGAGAGAAUUAAAUAAAUUUAAGAAUAAAAAAUUAUUGAACAUUAAUAAAAAUUAGAACAAUAAGAAAUUGAAGAAAAGUAGAUUAAAUAAAAACUAGAAGAAUUGAAUAUUAUAAAUAAAGAUUAAAGAGUUGAAUUAAAUUAGAAACUCAUCUUAAAGGAUUUUAUGAUUAAAGAAAAAUAAUUAUUUAAAAAAUAAUUAUUAGAGCAAAUCAAAUUAUAAGGAAAUUAAAAAUUGAAAAAUAAAUAAUUAGCACUUGAAAAAUUAUAUUAAAAACAACUUAUGGAGAAAUAAUAUUUAUAAUCUUGUUUUAAUGAAAAAUUAAAGUGGAAUGAAAGUCUAAAAAUAUUACAUAAUUAAAAUUAAUAGAGUUAAGACACUGAUUAUAGACGUAAGAAUUUAUAAUACUCAAGCUUCUACUGCCUUAACAAAAUCCUCUUAUGAUAUUCCAAGAGUUUAAUCUACUGUCAAUAAGAAAAUGUAAAAUGAAGAAAGAAAAGUGAUUGAAAUUUUGAAAAAUCCCUAAAAAAGGCUAGAUCUAUAAGAACUUGAAGAAAAAUAAUAUUAAGAAAUGAUUGAAGUACUGGACCAAGUUAAUUAAUUAGUUAAUUGAAUAAGAAUAACAAUUAGAAGAAGAAAGAGAGAGAACAAUGUUUUCAAUAGAAAAUUACCAAGAGUAAAUGAGAUUAGAAAAGAUAUUUGUAAUUGAGAGAAAACAAGCUUAAAAGAAUAUUCAAAAUUUAUAAUUAAAACAUUAACAUCAAAUUGAAGAGUUAUUAUCUGCUUGA